AUGAAUGGUUUGCAACAACAACAGCAACAACAGCAACAAAAGCAAUCAGUAUCACCAACUAUAGUUGCAAAUGAUUGUCUUGCAGGUGGUGAUAUAUGUAAUAUCAAUGGAAACUUGGAACCACCAACAAUCGAUAACAUAUCAAAGGCAUUGGUUGCACUCUAUACCUCUAACGAUUCAUGUAUGAGAGAUUAUGCACAACAAUGGUUAAUUAAGAUACAGUCACUCCACAGUGCAUGGGAUUUCUGUCCACAACUAUUAGAAACAAAUGUUUUAGAAUUACAAUUCUUUGGAGCAUCUACUUUGGAACAAAAAUUAAAGAAUGAAUGGACAAGUUUGCCGAAUGAGAUGAAACAACUCAACGAAAUUGAAUGGCAUUGUCGCGACAAAGAUGUGUGUCGUUCUGAGUAUUGUGGCGAUGUACACAUUCUCGACGCUUUGGAAUUCACCGAUUGA